UCUCUUCAUCACCAGAUUGUAGUAUAGUGUAAAAAUGUUAGGCUCAAAGGACGCUCAAAAACAAUGGGAACUUGAAAAUAAAGUCAAGGAAGUUACUGAUGAACAAUUGUAUAAAUAUGAUGAAGAAAAGGAACAAAAGGUCCGUGAAGAAAGACCUUGGGAAAAAGAUGUUAAAUACUUCAAGAAGGUUAAAAUCUCUGCCUUGGCUCUUCUCAAAAUGGCUAUGCACACAACUAAAGGUCAACCACUCGAAGUUAUGGGUUUGAUGCAAGGUAAAAUUGAUGGAGAUUCAUUCAUUGUUAUGGAUGCAUUUGCUUUACCUGUUGAAGGUACCGAAACUCGUGUUAAUGCUGGUAAUGAAGCUAUCGAAUAUAUGGGUAGAUAUAUGGAUUUGAGUCAACUUGUUGGAAGACCAGAAAACGUUGUCGGAUGGUAUCACUCUCACCCUGGUUAUGGUUGUUGGUUGUCAGGUAUUGACGUUAACACUCAAUUAACUAACCAACAAUACCAAGAUCCUUUUGUUGCUAUUGUUGUUGAUCCUGUCAGAACUGUCUCAGCUGGUAGAGUUGAAAUUGGUGCUUUCAGAACAUACCCAGAAGGUCACACUCCAAGUGCUUCAUCAAGUUCAGAAUAUCAAUCAAUUCCUAUGGAUAAGAUUGAAGAUUAUGGUGUUUAUCAUGACAAGUACUAUCAAUUGGAAUGUGAAUUUUUCAAGUCCUCAACUGAUACAAAAUUGUUGAACGUUCUCUGGAAUAAGUACUGGAUCAACAUUUUGUCAUCAUCUGCUGCCAUCAAGAAUAGAAAUUAUACAAACGAUUCUAUUAAUGAUAUUGCCAGAAAGAUGGACAAGGCUGAACACGAAAUCGGACGUGGUGGUAAACUUUCUGGUUUCAUGAUGGAAAAGGAAUCAAAGAAGAAGGAAGAAACUCAAUUGGAUAAGUUGACAAAGGAUGCUGUUAAAUUGAGCACUGAAGUUUUACAAGGAAUUAUUUCUCAAUCAGUCAAGGAUUCUCUUUUCAACACUCAUUAACUUGUAAACUAUUAAAAACUACUUAUGUAU